AUGGAUGUUAAAGUGACUAUUCCAAACACGUCACUUAGCGAUGAUGGAAGUCAUACUGUGUAUCAUGUCUUGGUGAAAACAGCAAAAAAAUCGCAUAAACUACAAAAGAGAUAUUCAGAUUUUGCAGCAUUGAAGGAAGAGUUGGAAUCGCUAUAUUCAGAUCAAAUACCCUAUCAAUUCCCCAAAAAGACAUUUUUAAGAAAAACCAUCAAUAACGAAAGGUUAGCUGAAGAAAGAAGACUACAAUUAGAAAAAUUUUUACAAGAUGUGAUUAAUGAUCAAAUAAAUAUCAAAUGGAGACGUUCCUUACCUUUCAGAGAGUUCUUAAACUUGCCACCAGGUGCAUUUUCCACUGUUAAUGAAAGUACAAAAGAAAAACUAGAUACUGCAUGGACCUUAUCAUCUACAAAUAAUGAUGAACCCAUUGUUGAUCUGACAACUUGGAUUGAUACAGUCAGGGAAACCAAGAAUGUGCUACAAGAUGCCAGAUCCAAAAUAUUUAUAAACUCUGUUGAAGCUAGAAAGAAAUUGAUAUUGGGAAGACAAAAAUUUGAUGGGCUUACAAAAGGUCUAGAUGUUGCUAUCUCACAGAGUGCCAUUGGUGAAGGCGAGUCACAAAGAAGGAGAGAGUUAUUGCAUUCCUUGAAAAGGGAACACCAGGAUUUGGAGCAGCUAUUAUCGAAUGUUUCAUCUAAUCCUAAUAAAGUUGAUAUCAGAACUCCUGUUGGUAAGUCCAAGAAUCAACUAUUCAAAGGAAGAGUUCUUGGUAAACCACAAGAGACUGAGAGAACAAGAGGUGUUGAGAAUCAACAAUUGUUACAAAUGCAGCGCAAUGAUAUGCAAGAGCAGGAUCAAGAAUUGGAGAGGUUGAGUGUGGUGAUCAAUAGACAAAAAGAGCUAGGUGUAGCUAUUAAUGAGGAAUUGGCAUUACAAAAUGAAUUACUUGAUGAGUUAGACACGGAGGUGGAUCGUACAACGGCCAAGCUUAAUUACGCCAGUAAAAAGAUUGGAAAGAUCUUAUGA